UCUAACUUUGAGUUAAUAACUAUCAGUUACUAGGCUAUAGCUAAAUAUUAACAAAAACCACAAACAAAAAAACCGAAAUGUUGCAGGUUGACAAAACAAGAAGUUGAGGCUGCGUGUUGGAAGAGCUUGCUUUCUCAAAAUUUGAGCCGGCGGGUUGACACAGUCAUGUCAAUGGCAAAAGGCACCGCUGUUCUCAGAACAGCACUCUUCUGCAUUUUAUCAGGUUUUCUGGCUGAAUUGACAGCGAUAUCUGACAACUGUCAAGCUCUAUUGAUGGUGAAACCUACACCAUCGAUUAAUCCUGCUACAGUGAAUAAGGGAGACACAGUGACACUGACCUGCAGCACCACCUGCAAACUUGGCACAAACCCCCUCUACAUCUGGUACCACAAUACACAGCCUGUCACCAACAAACACACAGUCAAUGGCAACACUCUGACCAUCAACUCUAUUAACAAUGGUUAUGCUGGCCGUUACUCCUGUGCUGUGAGAGGACAAGAGGAUCGUCCAUCACGUGCUGUGUGUAUUUUUAGAUGCUUUGGCGUGGCUUACAACCCAGAGAGUGUGUGUGCCUUGGAGGGCUCCUCAGUGGAGUUGCACAGCUACUACUCAUACCCUGAUGGCCUCACAGUUACAGAGACAUUCUGGUUCCAACAUUCCCCCACACCUACUGAUCUGAGCACAACUGAACAUUACAAAAACCGUGUGACCUAUAGUAGUAGUUCCAGUAACCACACUCUAAGAAUCACAAAGCUGAAGUCUGAUGAUAUGACAGAUUAUGGAUUCAGGAUUAUAACCAAAACGAAAGGGGGGUGGUCUGGGUCCUAUGUCCGUCUCAAUGUUACAGGUCUACAGGUGCAGAUUAAUCCUGCAUCAGUGAAUGAGGGAUCCAGAGUGACACUGACCUGCAGCACCACCUGCAGUCUGAGUAGCAACCCCACCUACAUCUGGUACAAGAACACACAGCCUGUCACCAACAAAUACACAGCUACUGGCAACACCCUGACCAUAAACUCAAUUCAGAAUGAGGAUGCUGGCCGUUACUCCUGUGCUGUAAGAGGACAUGAGGAUCACCCAUCACCUGCUGUGUGUGUUUUUAAAUGCUAUGGUGUGGCCUACAACCCAGAGAGUGUGUGUGCCUUGGAGGGCUCCUCAGUGGAGUUGCACAGCUACUACUCAUACCCCGAUCGUUAUACAAUCACAAGCACAUAUUGGUUCAUAGAUGGCAAAAUGGAAUACAAUUUAAGCACAAAUGGCCGGGUGACGUAUACUGGUAACAGCAGUAGCCACACUCUAAGCAUUAGGAACCUGACUAGUGAUGACACCAGAAACUAUAGAUUCAGAUUUACAACCAAAGAAGAAGGAGGGUGGUCUGGGGUCAAUGUCGCCGUCUCUGUAACAGGUCUGCAGGUGCAGAUUAAUCCUGCAUUAGUGAAUGAGGGAUCCAGAGUGACACUGACCUGCAUCACCACCUGCAGUCUGAGUACCAACCCCACCUUCAUCUGGUACAAGAACUCACAGCCUAUUAGAAAGGAAUACACAGCUACUGGUAACACCCUGACCAUAGACUCAGCUACACCUGGAGACAAAGGAAACUACUCCUGUGCAGUUGAGGGACAUGAGAGUCUGCAGAGUACUGUCAAAGUCAGAUAUGGCCCCAGAAAGACUGUGGUAUCAGUUGAUCCUUCUGGUGAUCCAAAGGAAGGGGAUUCUGUGAAUCUAACCUGCAGCAGUGAUGCAUUCCCGCCACCACGGUUCACUUGGCACUACACUAGUUUAGGCCGGUUUUCAAAUGUUUUAUCAAGUAAGAUUUACAGGUUUAAAAACAUCCGCCCUGAGCAAAGUGGACAGUACUACUGUGAGGCUCACAAUGUAAUGGGACAGAACACAUCUGCAAAAGUACAAAUAAAUGUACAAUAUGCACCAAAAAACACCUCAGUGUCAGUCGGUCCCGCUGGUGACAUUAGAGAGGGCAACUCAGUGACUCUGACCUGCAGCAGUGAUGCCAAUCCACCUGUAGUGAACUACACGUUAAAGACGCUUGAGUCUACACCUUCAUCUUCAAGGUUACAAGGAGGAAGGAGUUACAACAUCACCAACAUCACAGCUGAGGACAGCGGCCAUUACUACUGUACUGCAGAAAACAAAUAUGGGGCCCAAAACUCCAGCACUACACAUCUGGAUGUGCUCUACUCUCCCAGAAAAACCGCAUUGUCAGUCAGCCCCCCUGGUGACAUUAGAGAAGGCGACUCUGUGACUCUGACCUGCAGCAGUGAUGCCAACCCACCUGUGGACAACUACACCUGGUACAGGAGCGCUGGCGAUGAUACUGUUGUCCUGGGAACUAGGAGAGUCUCCAACUUCACGGUCAUCCUAGUCUCAGGUCUGGAAGGACAUUACCACUGUGAGGCAGGAAACAGACUCGGAAAGGACAACUCAACCAGGGUCAAAGUCAUCUUACAAGAUUCUGGCUUUUACAAGAUACUGUUUCCUGUUGUGGGAGUCAUCUCCGCCGUAGGUCUCCUGCUGCUCUGUACAAUAUUCUGGAGGAGGCAGAAGUCCAAUGCGCCCACAACUCCACAGAGCACAGGCAGCCGGCAGCAGAGUGGCCCAACACACUGUGACAAUGACAAUGACAAAGGUGAUGACGACGAUACCGAUGAAGUUCAGUAUGCCACCGUUCACUUUAAGAAGAGGACCGAUAGCAAACAGAGUUGA